UUCUGGAACAAGAACAGAGUUCAAGGAAUCAGGGCUCAGACUCCCAUUCUUUCCUGUUCCUCUCCACACCAUGAGGGGAAAUCAACUACCCAAUCCUGUCUUGAUUCUACUUUUCCUGCUCCUUCUCAGAGAUGCUUCAGCUACUUCAAAACCGCAGUACGUGGUGCUGGUCCCGUCACAGCUAUACGCGGGGGUUCCUGAGAAGGCCUGUGUCAUGCUUAACCACCUGAACGAGACAGUGACGCUGACCCUCAUUCUGGAGCACAACAUGCAGAUCAGGGCUCUUCUCUCAGACCUGGUGGCAAAGAACUCCUUCUACUGCAGUCCUUUCACUAUUUCAGAGAUGCCAACUUACUCCACGUUCCUUACCGUUGAGGUGGAAGGGCCAACCCACCGUUUCGUAAAGAGGAAGCCAGUGUACAUAAGAAAAGCAGAGAGCCUAGUCUUUGCUCAGACAGACAAACCAAUCUACAAACCAGGACAAAAAGUGAGAAUCCGCAUUGUCUCUGUGGAUGUCAAUUUUCGCCCUUUGAAUGAAACCUUCCCGGUGGUUUACAUUGAGAAUCCCAAGAGGAACCGAAUUUUCCAAUGGCAAAAUCUCCAGUUGCAAGGGGGACUCAGCCAGCUCUAUUUCCCACUCUCAGUGGAGCCCACUCUGGGUCCCUACAAGGUCAUACUGGAGAAGGAAUCGGGGAAAAAAAUUGAGCACUCCUUUGAGGUGAAUGAAUAUGUUUUACCCAAAUUCGAAGUCCAAGUGAAGAUGCCCAAGACCAUUGGUUUUCUAGACGAGGAAUUUGUGGUCUCCGUCUGUGGCCUAUACACCUACGGGAAGCCUGUCUCUGGUCUGGUGACAAUUAAUGUAUGCAGAAAAUAUUCACAAUACCGUUCCAUCUGCCAUGGAAAAUAUUCGCAAAGUAUUUGUGAAGAAUUCAGUCAACAGGCAGAUAAUGAAGGCUGUUUCACAAAACUCAUAAAUGCUAAAAUAUUUCAACUGAGACAAAAAGGACAUGACAUGACAAUACAAGUGGAAGCCAAGAUCAGAGAGGAGGGAACAGAAUUGGAAUUAACUGGGCAUGGAUCAAGUGAAAUAACAAAUACUUUAAGCAAAUUGACAUUUACAAAAGUGGAUUCAAACUAUAGACCUGGGCUCCCUUUCUUUGGGCAGGUGCUUCUAGUUGAUGAGAAGGACCAGCCCAUCCCCAAUAAAACCGUACAUGUCACUGCGGAUGUCGCUGCACACCGUUCCAGCUUUACCACUAAUGAGCGUGGCAUGGCGGACAUUUCCAUUGACACCACCGGCUUCACGGCUCCUUUCAUCACAGUUACAGUCACUUACAAACAGACUACCCUGUGUUUUGAUAACUGGUGGCUUGAAGAAAUUCAUUUACAAGCAGAGCAGAGUGUAAGGCAUAUUUCCUCCCCAAGCAAGAGUUAUGUUCACCUUGAACCUGUUGCUGGUACCCUGGCCUGUGGGCAAACCCAGGAGAUCUGGGCACACUACAUCCUGAAUGGACAGAUUCUGAAUGAUGAAAAAGAGUUGAUCUUCUAUUAUUUGAUCAAAGCACGGGAAACCAUCUCCCAGUCUGGAAUCCAUGUGUUGUCCAUUCAACAAGGAGAUGUGAGAGGGGUGUUUUCCUUCUCCUUCCAAGUGGACUCAGAUAUUGCUCCUACUGCCCAGUUGCUUGUUUAUACUAUUUUACCUAAUGGAGAAAUUGUUGCAGAUACUGAGAGACUCAAGAUUGAAAAUUGUUUUGCCAAUAAGGUCAAUCUGAGCUUCUCAUUAGCCCAGAGCCUGCCAGCUUCGAACAUGAACCUUAAGGUCACAGCCACUCCGCACUCCCUCUGUGCUCUCCGGGCGGUGGACCAGAGUGUACUGCUGAUGAAGCCUGAGGCCGAGCUCUCACCUCAAUCAGUUUAUAAUUUGCUAUCAGUAGAGAGUGUCUUUAGUGGUAGAUACAGAGGUUCCAUGAAUAAAGAUGGUAAAAAAUGCAUCAAUGCAGAAGAUAUAACUUACAACGGAAUCAUUUACACACCAAAGCAGAUCCUGGAUGAUGAAGAUGUUUACAGUAUCUUUGAGGUAAUUCACCUUCCUGAAAACACAACCAAAACUGACUUCUUCCUGGAUAAUGAAGAUGUUUAUAGUAUCUUUGAGUCUGCAGGAUUAAAUAUUUUUACCAACUCAAAAUCUCAUAAGCCACGUUUUUGUCAGCUGACUCAUCUGUACCCUGGACCGCCUAUGGCCUAUUUGAGCGUUCCACAAGGCUUACCAUUACAACAUGGAUUUGCUCAAGGAAUGAAUUACCCAAUGACCACGAGAGAAGACUUGCUGGUGGUGGAAGUGAAAGAGAUAGUCCGGAAGUAUUUCCCGGAGACCUGGAUCUGGGACUUGGUGCCCCUGGAUGUAUCAGGUGGAAGUGAGCUGUCAGUGAAGGUCCCUGACACCAUCACUGAAUGGAAGGCCAGCGCGCUCUGCUUGUCUGGAACAACAGGGCUUGGCCUCUCCCCCAUCACCUCUCUUCGAGUCUUCCAGCCCUUCUUCAUCGAACUCACUCUCCCCUACUCUGCGGUGCGAGGAGAAGCCUUUACACUCAAAGCCACCGUGUUCAACUAUCUGUCCCACUGCAUCCGGGUCAGCAUGCAGCUGGAGGCCUCUCCUGCCCUCUCGAUCAUCCCAGUGGAGGAUAAAGAAUCUCACUGUGUCUGUGGAAAUGGGCAGAAAACUCUGUCCUGGGCUGUGACCCUAAAGUCACUGGGAAAGGUGAAUUUCACAGCUACUGCGGAAGCUCUGCAGUCUCAGGAACUGUGUGGUAAUGAGAUGCCCCAAGUCCCAGAGCUUGGACAGAAGGAUACCGUGAUCAAGCCCUUAUUAGUUGAGCCUGAAGGAAUAGAAAGGGAGGAAACUUUCAACACACUCCUCUGUGCAUCAGAAACUGGAGCAUCUGAAAAGUUGUCACUAAAAGUUCCUUCAAAUGUGGUUGAAGGAUCUGCCAGAGCGACAUAUUCUGUUUUGGGUGACAUAUUAGGCUCUGCAAUGCAAAAUCUUCAGAAUCUUCUCCAGAUGCCCUAUGGUUGUGGAGAGCAAAAUAUGGUCCUUUUUGUCCCUAACAUCUAUGUUCUGAACUAUCUGAAUGAGACACGACAGCUGACAGAGAAGAUCAAGUCCAAAACCAUCAGCUACCUUAUCAGUGGGUACCAAAGACAGUUGAAUUAUAAGCACAGCGAUGGUUCAUACAGCACCUUUGGGGAUCAUGAUGGUAGAAGUCAGGGAAACACUUGGCUCACAGCAUUUGUGCUCAAGUCCUUUGCUCAAGCCCGAUCAUACAUCUUUGUGGAGGAAUCACACAUCACUAGUUCCCUCACGUGGCUCUCACAGCAGCAAAAGGAAAAUGGUUGUUUCCAACGCUCCGGAACUCUGCUAAACAAUGCGAUCAAGGGUGGGGUAGAUGAUGAGGUGACCCUCUCUGCCUACAUCGCCAUUGCUCUGCUGGAGGUUCCGCUUCCUGUCACUCACCCAGUUGUUCGCAAUGCUCUAUUCUGCCUGGAAAGAGCCUGGACCCCCACCUCAGAGGACCAAAGCAGUCUCGUCUACACGAAGGCGUUACUGGCCUAUGCCUUUGCCCUGGCAGGGAACCAGGCCAAGCGCAACGAGCUGCUUGAAUCACUAGACAAAGAGGCUGUGAAAGAAGAUGACUCAAUCCACUGGCAACGUCCUGGGAAAGUUCCAGAAGUUCAGACCCUCUAUUAUCAACCCCGGGCUCCUUCUGUUGAAGUGGAGAUGACAUCCUACUUGCUCCUCGCCUAUGUGACUGCCCAGCCUGCCCCAUCUUCGGAGGACCUGUCUGUGGCUUCACGUAUUGUGAAAUGGAUCACCAAACAACAAAACGCCAAUGGGGGCUUCUCCUCCACUCAGGAUACUGUGGUAGCUCUCCAAGCCCUCUCCAAAUAUGGAGCUGCAACUUUCACUAAAAGGGAGAAAGCAGCUACAGUCAAUGUCAAAUCUUCAGAGGACUUCUCUGAAAUAUUCCAAGUAGAUGAAGCCAAUCGCCUAUUGCUGCAGGAGGUCCAGCUGCCGAUGAUUCCAGGGGAGUACAGCACAACAGUGUCAGGGUCAGGAUGUGUGUACCUCCAGACAUCCCUGAGAUAUAACAUCCUGCCUAAGAAAGAAGAGGAAGUUCCAUUUGCUCUGAAGAUUGAUUCUCUCCCGAAGAAUUGUGAAGGCUCAGGUGCUCACAGGAAAUUCCAGAUUAACAUCAGCAUUAGCUACACUGGCAAACGGCCCAGCUCCAACAUGGUCAUUGUUGACGUGAAGAUGUUAUCAGGCUUCAUACCUGUGAAAUCAUCAGUGAAAAAGCUCCAAGAAAUGCCUCAGAUCGAAAGGACUGAAGUGAGCACCAACCACGUCCUGAUUUACUUUGAAAAGCUAACCAAUCAAGUCCUGAGUUUCUCCUUCUCAGUGGAACAGGACAUCCAAGUAAAGAAUUUAAAACCAGCUACCAUAAAAGCCUAUGAUUAUUAUGAGACAGAGGAAUUCACUAUUAAAGAGUACAGUGCUCCCUGCAGUUCUGAAGCUGAAUAUGGAAAUGCCUGAAAAUGGCAACUUAUGGACCUCAUCAAAUGAUCUUUCCAGAAAUGAAGAACAAACAUUUAUCAGAAAAGAAGAUAGUGGGAGAAAGAAGGGACAGGAAUUGGAAAUGCAUAAGUUUGUAUGUUGAAUAAAUUUAUGACAUUUACAACUC